CAGGUCAGCAUUGUGCUCUCUCUCUCUCUCUCUCAUUUUUCUGAACUGUCUCUCUCUCUCCACUUCUCUCUCCACUUGGAUUCUGCUUCUUCGCUCUCUCUCUCUCUCUCUCUCUCUCUCUAAAAAUGGAGCUAGUUCCAUAUUCAGACCCCAAAUCAACCUCAGCUUCUCCACCAUGGCAAGACAUGUUCCGAUCUGCCUCCGUCCGCAAACCCGACCCAUCUCCCCAGACCCAACCACCACCUUCCUCAUCGGAAAACCCACCUCCACUUCCACCUCCGCCGCCGGAGUCCCUCUCCGGCGACCCUCAGGUACGCCUCGCUCUCUACAUAGCCAUGGCCCACGCUGGUCUUGCCUUCGCCAUUUUCAUUCUCUACGGCGUUUUUCGAAUCCUCGAAGAAUAUCUUCGUCCCCUUCAAUGGGCUGUGCUCUGUUCAAUCCCUUUGAGAGGAAUUCAACAAACCCUUGUUGGGUUUUGGUCAGAACCCUUGAAAUUGGGUCUCACUGAGACUCUAUUGGCAGUCCCUGUAGCUGUGUUUAGGGUUUUUGUUGGUACCCUUGUUGAUAUUCGUGAUGUUUUUUUCCGGGUUGUUUUCCGGAGAAAGAAAUCCAAUGUUUUGAGGCGAAAUCGAAGUGGGUUUUCGAAAUUGAUCCGUUGGCUUGUCUCCUUUUGGGUUUUCGUAAUUGCUUACGAGCAAAUCGGAAUAAUUGGGGCUGUGUCAUUACUUGUUUUGGGAUUUAUGUUCUCUUCCAAUGCUGUUGAAUCGACAAUGUCCACAGUUUCGUCGAUUAGGAGUAAUAGUUUUCGACGUAGUACUAUUAGUGCAUUUUUCACCGGAGGAAUACUAAAAAGAUUGAAAACAAUUGUGGCUAUUGGAUUGAUAGUUGGAAUGAUUCUUGGGUUUUUAGUAGGCUUGAUUUUCUUUUCAUAUAAGAUAGGAAUUGAGGGGAAAGAUGCUGUGAUUUCGUUGAAAUUGCACGUAGAAGAGAGUAAUUACACAGAGAAGAUCGGAGUAAAGAAGUGGAUGGAUGAUAAUGAUGUGCCGGGGAUGGUGGAUAGGUACAGUUCCCAGUUUUAUGAAACUGUGUCUGAGCAGAUUGAUAGUUUGGCAAUGCAGUACAAUUUGACAGAGUUUGUUACUGGGAUCAAACAUUUCGCUAUAAGCCCAUCGGUGAAUUCUUCUGGGCGUUCCACUGCAAUGAUGACCCCAUCCCCGUACACUGAGAAAAUGUUGAGUUUAAGGAAGAGCUUUGGGAAUCGUGAGUGGGGUCAAAUUUAUACAGAGGUGGAUGCAAUCUUUAGGGAAUUGCUGAUCACCAGAGAGGAUUUGGUUGAGAAAGCGAAAGCCUUUGCCAUUCAAGGAAUGGAUGUGACUCAGCGCAUAUUCACUAGUAGUAAAACUGUUCUAGGUGGUAGUGCUAAGUUCAUGCUAUCGAUUGGUAAUUCAAUACUCUCUGGAGCUGCAGGGCUUUUCAAUUUUGUGUCUCACUCGAUGGUUUUCUUUUGGGUUUUGUAUUAUCUUAUAACAUCCGAGUCGGGUGGAGUAACAGAACAAGUUUUGUGUAUGCUUCCCAUUUCAAAAUCCGCAAGGAUUCGUUGCGUUGAAGUUCUUGAUAAGGCUAUUUCGGGAGUUCUGUUGGCAACUGCUGAGAUUGCUUUCUUUCAAGGAUGUCUCACUUGGCUUUUGUUUAGAUUAUACUCGGUACACUUCUUGUACAUGUCGACUGUAAUCGCAUUCAUAAGCCCCUUGUUGCCAAUCUUCCCAUCGUGGCUUUCAACCAUUCCAGGGGCCUUGCAAUUGGUAUUGGAAGGUAGAUAUGUAUUGGCAAUCAGCUUAUGCAUUAGUCAUCUUCUGCUUAUGGAUUAUGGCACAUCUGAAAUUCUAGAGGAUGUGCCUGGUCAUAGUGCAUAUCUCACCGGGCUUAGCAUCAUUGGUGGGAUGACAUUGUUCCCAUCAGCUGUGGAG